CAGAAUCUUGCCACUCUUAGAGAGGCUUCGAAACCGCAAACUGGCGGCCACUGGCGCACUUCAACCACUUCCGUAACAGAACCUCUCAUCAAAGUGUCCACAAAUUGGCAAUUUGCUUCCUCAUUCUCAUUGCAAAUCGAAUCUAUCACUUCCGUCGUGUUUCCUCCCAUCCCCGUCAACACAACUAACAAACUAACUAACUCCAACACACCAUGGCGAGACCACGAUACUUCUUGGACGACAGCGAGUCUGAAAUGGACGACAGCAUGAUGUCGUGCUCGAAUAUUUCCGUGAGCUUUUGCAUGUCGAGCAGUCGUCGAGGAGGCGCUAACACCAAGAAUGCGAAUUUCAAGUUGAAUUGGAACGACGGCAUGUCCUCGUCGGGUCGCAACCAUUCCAGGAGAGGCAACAACAGCAGCAGCAACAGCAAUAGCAAUAGCAAUUUCAAGUUUGCGUGGAAUGACAGCAGUAGCAGCGUCUGUACGGAGGAUUUGGAUGAAAGCGAACAGAGCUUCUUUCAAUUGGGCAAUUACAAGCGCAGCAAACAGAGUGCCACGCCUGUGGGCAAGAUUUUGGAACAAGUCGAUGGCGUCCGAUACAAGGAGUCACCCAAAAAGGGGGGCCUUUUGUCAGGAUUGGGCGCUGGUGAUGGUACCGACAGUGAAGAGGACGACGACGCAUUGCUCUUUAAGGAAAAGGACUCAUCGGCGGCUUUUACGGCGGAAACCAGUGAGAGUAGUAGCAGCACAGAGGAAGAUGAGGAAGAGGACGAGAGGGUUUUUCGCGAUUUUACCAACGAUUGGCACCAAGCGGUCGAUUUGGUACUCAAGCAAGAACGACGAAUCCAACGUGGUGCAACGAAAGGUGUUCGAUUCCAAGAAACGCUCGUCACAGACAUGCUCGAGUUUGUCCAAGAAGAAGAUGCCGCCCUGGCUGUGCGGGAUGAUAAGCACGUGGCCGAACCGCACGAUCAAAUUCCUUGGGAUGAACUAGACUACGAAGAACUACCCUGGCAUUUGCAACCAGAUUUGGAUGAAGAUGAUGAAUUGACAGCCAAAUGUCGAAAUAUCAUUCAACCCAGUGAUAGUCCAGCUGAGGAGGAAGAUUCAGAUGAUGAAGACGAGGAUGACUACGACGUAGAGCUAGAACGUCGCCUAGCACGGGUCGAGGGAUUGGUUCUCCAGUUUGUCCUCAAGUUGAAAUACAACCACCUGCAAGUCGUGUCUUCAAGUUCCAACUAGACUACGAAUACACCUUCCAGGUUGAUGUCCUUUCUUGGAGGCGGGCAUUUUUCCUGUGUCGAACGUUUUGGUUGAUUGGUGAGGUUCCACCGAUUGAGUUUGUACGAGUAUACGGCAUGCGUGAGUAUCAUAGUUAGAACACACAAAAGAAAGUUAGAACAUUCAUAUACAGAC